AUGGCCGUGGACCCAGAUGAAGCUGAUAGGGAAUACAUUUCUCAGAACAUGGAUGCAGACUUGCAGUUUAUCCUGAGUGAAUCUGGCGUUUCCGUUCACAGACAAGCUGCAAUUGCAAGGAGAUAUGGGUCCCUUAGGAAGUUCAAUGCAAUCGGCGACGACAGGCCUCAGAUUCGUACAGCUUGUUUGCAGGACUUUGCAAUUCCCCAAGAUACUCCUGAGAACAGGGCAGAGGUAGCUUCAAUUGUGGCGGCAUGGGAAACAGCAAAAGAAUUUGUUGCGAAAGAGAUUGAAUUACGAGCCGAGGCAAAGGUUUUAGGCCAGCCAAAGAUUCUUCAGUCUCAUGAGAGGCAAUCAAUGAUUCGUGCUGUUGAAAGGAUCCAUGGUUGUCUUGGUGAGUCUGAGACGCCCAGCUCAGACUACUUGGCACUCAAAGCGGAGGAGACGGAGCUCAACGAGCCAGUGGCCUCGCCCUUAGACGAAAUAAUCAGUAAACGAGACAAUGCAAGCUCACAUAUUCAGUCAACAGUGGAUUCUUCAGGGCAUUUGAGGGUCACUCGGACCAAAAACAAAGCCAGGAUGCCCAGCAACACUGAGGAAUAUCGAAAGAUCAUGAGGGUUGAAAUGUUUGCUUGGUUGUGCAUGUCAGCACGGUACAGGGCGAAGAAUUGGCUUCAUGGUUUGGAGGCAUCGGAUUUCAACAAAUUUGUCGAUUUCAUUUUGGGAGAGAGAGUGUUGGGAAUACAGAUUCCAGCUGCAGAUGGAACACAACAGAAGGUCAAACCUGAUUGGGGGAUCAUUUUAGCGUUUGAACACAGGCUGAGAAAAGAAGCCAUGCGCCUGGUGAUCAAUGAGGGCUACACCUUAGCCAAUGCAUUGCGUGCAGUUACAAAGGAUGCUGACCUGAAAGAAGCAUUUUUCACGACGCCUGUUGCAUUGCGUGCUGCAACAGCUGAUGUUCCACAGAACAAAUGGCCUCGUUUCAAUAGCAAAGGUUCCUUUUCUGGAGGGAAGUCAGGACAGCAGGCUUCGAAAGGAAAGGGAAAAACUGGAAAGUCAAAGGGAAAAGAUUCGAGGCUUGCAGGUCUGCAGCUUGCUUGGAGGACACCCGAUGUGGGGUGUGGCACUGAAGACCCCAGCUCUAAGCCGCACCCAUCUCAUGCAUCGCCUCCCGAAGUGAAAGUGAUGUACUUGUUUGCUGGGAAGAGGCGUCAAUCGGAUGUGGCCUCCUUUUUACAGCAGGCCCACGAUGCAGGCCGUAUCAAACUGACUCUCAAAGAGUUUGACAUAGAGAUUUCACCAGAGCAUGACCUUACAAACCUGUCCAUUUGGGAAGACAUAUGGAACACCCUCAAAGAGGGGGGUUGGAUGCUCAUAGUUUCCCCUCCGUGCAACACCUUUUCACGGGCAAGGUUUCAUUUUCAGGAUUGGCCGGGUCCAAGACCCUUGAGGAACAUCAAUUGGCCACGUGGUUUUCCGUGGCUAGCUCAGCAUCACAAAGCAGUUGUGGAAGAGGCCAACAUGUUUGUUGACAGGUGCAUUCAAUCCUGUAUCAUCUGUCAUGCUGCAGGUGGCAAAUUUAUCAUCGAGCAUCCGGAAGACUUGGGACUGGUCAAAGAUGAGCGGCCUGGAUCCAUCUGGCAAUGGUCAGAAGUUCUUGACCUCAUUCCUUCAUGUGGCGCUUGCACUUUUGCAAUACAACAAUGUCACUUUGGGGCUUUGACUCCCAAACCAACAAGAUUCCUGGGUACGUUUGCAGUCACUGACACAAGAUGCCAUUUUGGUUUACCGCGUUUUGACAAACAAGGCUUGUACAAAGGACCUUUACCGAAGUCUUGUGGCCACACACACAAGCACAAACUUUUGGGUAAGACUGCAAACAAAUGGAACACCAGUCCAAGCGCUUCAUAUCCCCCUGCUUUAUGUGAAUUCCUUUCACUUUUGGUCCUUCAUGCUGGAGCAUCCUGCGGGAGGGGGACACAGAACCAAAAGGGCAAUGAGGGAAGUUCCCUUGUUACACAGACUGCUUCUGGCAAAAUUUCUGGUGAGGGAAGUUCCCAAGUUCCACAGGCUGGCUCUAGCAAUGGAAGUUCCUGCAAAUUUUCUGGUGAGGGAAGUUCCCGAAGUGUGCCAAUGAGUGGAGUACAACACCCAGCAACAUCGAGUGGUCCACAGCAAUCAACAAUUUCGAGUGGUUCAAGUUCUGUUCAACAAACAGCAGCAGCCGGGAGUUCAAGUUCGGUGCAACAAGUGUCGACUACUCCUGGUCCUCCCACGAUUGAUUUGACUGGAGAUGCUCAGGACGCAGCCACCCCCCUUGAUUUGCCAAUCGAUGCCGAAGAGUUUGAUGUAGCAAGGUGUGGAAAUCAUGGGCCACCGAUCAAAGUGGAAUGGGAUGGCAAAUCUCACGACCUCAUAGAUGGUUUUGGGUUGUGCUCUCCCACGAGAUGGCAUCCCCGUUCCAGGGGGCAUAACCGCACUGUUGAAAUGAAGAAGUUGGCGGCCGAGACCUUUAAGCGUUUACAGUCAGCAGUUACGGAGUCGAUACAAGAUGUGAGGAAGGAUGCGUUUCGUCUGGUUACUGGCAAAAUUCAAUCUUCUCCUUUUACUGAAGAGGUGCUGAACAAAGUGCGGGGGGAAGUUGCCAUGUUGCUGAGGGAUCCAGAAGAUGCGUUGGUUAGAGAUGAGGGCCAGCCUUUCUUUCUACGGAUGUUGGCACAGUGGCUGGAAGUUUUUGGUGAUCCAGAUGUUCAGUGUUUGGUGAGCGAUACUGACUCGUACGCUACUGGCGUUAGCGUUGGAGUAGACGCCCCAUUGCCCAGGUCACCGCAAAUUUUUCCACCGAAGUUGAAGCAUAGGAAGUUGGAUGGAACUGAGUUCAAUCCAAUUGCUGACAACUACAUUUCUGGGCAGAUCUCUUCAAAGGAGCUGGAGGAGAAAUUUAGAGAAGAAGAAGCACUUGGCCGAAUGGAACCUUCAAGAAUGUCAGUUCUCAAGGCCAAGUAUGGUGAUAAGCUGCGAGUCGCAGCAAUGGCGGCGAUUGUCAAGCCGGAUGGUGGAGUCCGUCCAUUACACGACGCCACCCACUCAGUCAUGGUCAACCACUCCAUUGUUUACAGGGAUCAGCUACAAUGCCCAGGCCCAGCAGAGGUGGCCGCCGUAGUACGGGAGGCGGUGGAGUCUAGGGAAGCAGCCUUUUGUGUAUCAGCAGACAUCAAGGCAGCCCAUCGCUUGGUGAAGAUCAGAGAAGCUGACUGGCCUUAUAUUUGCUGUCGUGCGGAUUCUUUAUCCGAAACUGUUUGGAUCAACAAGACUGGGACUUUUGGAGUGUCAAGUGCGCCGUACUGGUGGUCGAAGCUUUUUGCAGCCAUUGGGCGGUUUGUAGGACAUGUGAUGCAGACAACAGUGUUUUGGCAUUUGGUUUAUGUGGAUGAUUUGCAUGGAGCAUUUGCAGGUCGAUGGAAGUUUGAUAUGCUCUGGGUUUGGCUCCUUGCGUUUGAGGUGAUUGGGACACCUUUUGGGUAUCAUAAGUUCAAGGGAGGCUUCUCAUCUGACUUCGUUGGUUUCCAUUUGCGUUAUGACAAAUGCGAAGUUGGCAUUACUGAAAAGAGGGGGAUGUGGCUUUUCAAUUGGAUCAAGGCGUUGAUAGAGAAGAAGUUUGUGGUUCAGGCCAGGGAGUUCAGUGAAUUCCUUGGCCGCCUUGGUUUUGUGGCUCAAUUGUUGACGUGGCUCAAGCUGCAUCUGGCACCAUUGUUCGCUUGGAGUGCUGUUGCGACGCCGGGGCUGGCAUUUGGAUGGUUUAAGGAGGGCACGACUCGGCAGACUGUUACCCUUGCGUUGAGGGCUGGCACAGACAAUAUUGCAAAUGAUGCGCUCACCUCCAAGAGGUCCACAACCAGAUGGCCUCUAAUGCUGAUCAACAUGCAGUUAUCUUCCUCCUUAGCAAAGGCACGCUUGAGUUUAGAUCUGAGGUGGAGACCUCGGGAGGAAAACGUUGAAGCUGACAACCUCACGAACGAGGAAUUUGCAGGUUUUUCUGAAAGUGACAGGGUUCCAGUGACUCUCUCUGACAUCGAUCUCUGCAUCGUCGAGACCUUGUGGAAAACCAAAGCACAAUUUGACGAAGCCAGGCUUGAGGCAAAGAAUUUGGGAAAGACAGUUCCUGGUGGGAAGAAAAGGAAGCUUGAGAAAUCGGCGUGGUGA